GAUUGAAAAUGGGCCAACAACUGGAUACCGUCCACGCAGUCGGACAGAUCCUUGAGGAGGCAGCAGCCACAGACUUUCAGGCAGAGAUGAACGACGAGAAGCUGGAGGGCAGUUCAACCCAGGGGGACCCUGCUGGAGAGUGGGGCGGCCAAGUCGGAGAGGAUGUGAGGCAGGAGAGUCUGGGGCAUUUAGAUACUGCAGACAGCAUCCGUCAGGCUGAGAAAACAAACACUGAGGUCAUGGAAACCAAACCAGGCUGUGAGCCAAUAGGAACUGCUCAGGAGCAAGAGGAGAGGGAGGAGAGCUCUGAUAGAGCCAUGCACAUGGAACGAAGGCCCCCCGCCAGUGAUGGAAUGGGAAAGGAAGGAGUGAAGGCAAGCAAUGCUGCUCAUGAAACGCCAGAGGAGAUCGAGAGUUGUCGAACUGACUUGGAGGAACAAGACGUGGAAGCAAUGGAGAGUGCUGGUUUGAUGACUAGUGCUGUUCUGCAUUCAAUGGAUGGCAAGGAGGUGACUGACUCUGAAGCAGAUCAUGCUGGAGCUGAAACUCAGGAGGAGGCAAAUCAGAAUAAAGGGGACAGCAUGUGUGGAAAAGGAGAAGAUCAGGCAUCAAAUGAGGACGUGAAUACAGAAAACGUGGAUCAGCUUCAGAACAGCCCCACACUAACUGGGCUGGUGCCGGUCCAUCCUCCAAUAAAAUGUUCCAGAGAGGAGGAGAAUGUGAAGAGCUGGCUAUUGGAGCUGGCUGCUGAAGAGGAUGUGCCUCGUUCAGGAUUUGAGGUUAAAUUUCCUCUGCAGGGGAAAAGUGAACCAGUGGUGGCUAGAGAUCAAGAGGUGGUUUGUCUUCCCGCUUUGCAGGUCCACCAAGGGAAGUCCAGACUCAAGGAUGACAAGGAAUCUGACGAGGGUUCUGGGGUGCUUGAGAAGGUGGAAAGUUAUGAAGAAGGUCCUCAAUUUCAAGAAAGCAAGGAGAUCCACAAGGACCUCCUUGGUGCUCCUCAGGUUGAGAAAAUCAAUAAUAUUUGUUUCAGUGGAACCCUUGAAGAAUCCAGCUUAAAUCUAGUUAUAGACCAAAUAGCAAACCCAGAGCAUAUACAAGUUACAACUGAGAACACCAAAGAAGUUGAAUCUGAACAACAUAUCCAGGGGGCCCAAAGCAUUACAGAGGCAGGGGACAACAGCUGGGCCUCCCUUGCCAAAGAGAAGCCAAUUGAGCACCUGGAACAGCAGAGUGGGGGGAGCCCUAAAGAUGCCAAUGCUGAUGAAGUGCUUUUCCAGAGUUGCAAAGACAAAGCUGAAGAGGAUGCCAGUGCACAAUGUUUAAAAGACAAAAAUGAUGUUAAAGCUGGAGGAGACCAGCUCAACAGCAUCAAAGCCAGCCCAUGUCCUUCACGAGCUCCAGAGGCUGGAGGUAGCGGUGCACAAGCUUCCUCCCAGUUUAGAAACGAGCAGCAAGGGGACAGGAACAAAUCAGGAACGCACCCACCGAAAACAGUGAAGAGCACGUUGAAAGAAAGUGAUCUGCGUUCAAUGGGGGAGGAACCCCAACACCGGGCAGAGGCCACGCUGUCCUCCGGCAAGGCUGAUCUGGGAUUCGGGAAGGGGGCAGGCCAGCCUGUGGAUGUGGAGGUCACUGUUACUGAAAAUCCAAAGCUACUGGCUUCUCCGAAUCCUAGGGAGAGAAAGCAGGGGCUCACGGCAGAACAAGGUCAAGCAGUGAAAGUGGCUUUGAUGAAAAUGGCAUUCGACACCCCAAAAAAAACCAAGGCAGCAGAGGUGAAGAGCACACCGAAGAAAGAUAUGUUCAGGCGAGUUGUGCGACAGAGCAAAUUCCGUCAUGUCUUUGGCCAGGCGGUGAAGAACGACCAGUGUUACGAUGACAUCCGGGUCUCGCGGGUCACCUGGGACAGCUCCUUCUGCGCAGUCAACCCCAAAUUCGUUGCCAUAAUCAUUGAGGCCAGUGGCGGCGGCGCCUUCUUGGUGCUCCCUUUGCACAAGACUGGUCGAAUUGACAAAUCCUACCCUACAGUAUGUGGCCACACGGGGCCCGUGCUGGACAUUGACUGGUGUCCACACAAUGAUCAAGUCAUUGCCAGUGGAUCGGAGGACUGCACCGUCAUGGUGUGGCAGAUCCCUGAAAACGGCCUUGCGCUCCCCUUGUCCGAGCCGGCCGUGGUUCUGGAGGGUCAUUCCAAGAGAGUGGGCAUUGUGUCAUGGCACCCCACCGCACGCAACGUCCUCCUCAGUGCUGGCUGUGACAAUUUGAUCAUUGUGUGGAAUGUGGGGACCGGGGAAGCUAUGAUCAAUCUGGAAGACAUGCACCAGGACAUGAUCUACAGCGUGUGCUGGAACCGCAACGGCAGCCUGAUCUGCACAACCUCCAAAGACAAGAAGAUCCGCGUCAUUGACCCCAGGAAGGAGAAGAUCACUGUUGAGAAAGACAAAGCCCAUGAAGGAGCCCGCCCCAUGAGAGCCAUCUUCCUCUCCGACGGGAACAUCUUCACCACAGGAUUCAGCCGCAUGAGCGAGCGACAGGUCGCGCUCUGGAACCCGCAAAACAUGGAUGAACCGAUUGCACUACAUGAGUUGGACAGCAGCAAUGGAGUGCUCCUUCCUUUCUAUGACCCGGACACCAAUGUGGUUUACCUGUGUGGGAAGGGGGAUAGCAGCAUUCGCUACUUUGAGGUAACAGAAGAAACCCCUUAUGUUCAUUUCCUCAACACCUACAGCAGUAAGGAGCCUCAGAGAGGGAUGGGCUACAUGCCAAAGAGAGGGCUGGACGUCAACAAGUGUGAGAUUUCCAGGUUCUAUAAACUGCAGGAGAGGAAGUGUGAACCUAUUAUCAUGACUGUACCCAGAAAGUCUGACCUGUUCCAGGAUGACCUGUACCCGGACACGGCCGGCCCCGACGCUGCCCUGGAGGCAGAGGACUGGUUCGAGGGCAAGAACGCAGACCCCAUCCUCAUCUCCCUGAAGCACGGCUACAUCCCCGGCAAGAACCGCGACCUCAAGGUGGUCAAGAAGAACUUCCUGGACAACAAGCUGACCGUCAAAAAGAAGACUGAGAACUCCGUCCCUGGGAGCAAGCCUGCAGCCGCGACACCCUCCAUACAAAACGAAGCCAAGCUGGAUGAGAUCCUGAAAGAAAUCAAAACCCUUAAAGACCUUAUUGGCAGCCAAGACAAGCGAAUCGCCAAAUUAGAAGAGCAAAUGGCAAAGAUUGCAAUCUAAUGACCAACAGCACCUGUCGCUAUUUUGGGACGUUUCAUUGGCUGGGAUUGCGCCAGGUGGGCAGGACACGUCACUGCCAAUCUUGAUGACUGCGUUCCACCUGUGGCUUGUUGCCUAGCAAUGAUUCCAAACCACAUUCCGAUAUGAACUUUCUUAUCCCCACUAAUACAGAGAAAAGAGAAAUUCUUGCAAUUGAUAUUCCAGCUUUUUAUUGAAAGUUUUAAUACGUGGCAAUUUGACUGUCCUUUUUGUCAAGAGAAUCUUCAAAAACUUUUUUUUUUAAAUUUGUGACCAAGAAAAUUGUUAGUGAAAAGUUUGUAUUUACUGUGUUAUACCCAAAUGUUUUAUAUAUAGUAAUCCAUCAGUAUUGCAUUUUUCUCUUCCUUUUUUGUUGCCAAAUCUACAAGGAGUUCUGUUUUACAUACCUCCUUGACAGUGUUUGUUUUUUUAAUGCAUUCAAAGAACACAAACUGGAGGACAAUGCAAUCAGACCGUAUUGUUCAAUAAAACAGAGGGAGAAGUGGACUUUUAAUACAGAAUGAAUCUAUUAAAAGUUUAAAAAUACAAGAUUUUAUCAUUUCAACCAGAAUGUGCAUGUUUACAAGAGUACUGAAUAGAAAGAGGGUUACAUCGUAGAAUUUUCUUUUGCCCUGGUCAUUUUCAGGUGAGUUUAAACAUGAACAGAUUCGCUGGUAAAGUCUGUGCUGUAGCUGUAAAUGUGUUUUUGCCAUUUCUCUAGUAGGCCACUUCAGUGCAUCAUGGACAUCUUUAUCGCAGACGUGUUUUUUCAAUCACAUAUCGCAUUUCAUGUCGUCUCCAUAGAGAGGGAUCUACCUCUCUGUUUGGGCAAACAGCUUCUCUAGAAAUCGCUAGCAAAGUCUUGCAGGAGGAUCUUUACUCGCUAGCAAGAUCUAAUCCGAAAAAUAAAAUCUGCCAAAAAAAAAAAAAGUUUGUAUUGAAAUGUGUGUCAGUCAGCUUUGUUCUUUCACAGCUGUGUGAUCAGGUGUGAAGGCUAAAGAACUGGUAGCCAGGCAGUGAUCUUCUGAAUUCUUGUUUUUUAGCUAUUGCAUUUUACCUCUAUUUUAAAGGUCAGUUAAAUGUAUCCUUUUUACAAUUGGUGGAGGAGAGAGUAUAUUACAGUGUCUGUUCUGAGGGAGAUGUGGUUGGAGGGAAAGCCGUUAACACAGAGUGUAUUGUCGCCCUUUUUUUUGGGGGGGGUCCCUGAGAUGCUGUUCAGCCAAUCACACACUCCUCUGCUUUGGAUUGCGCGCGCACACACACACACACACACACACACACACACACACACACACACACACACACACACACACACACACACACAAUACCAGCACUGAUCCAAACUGCAAAGUCCCUACAUUCUGUUCAGAAUGUAUUUAAAGGAGACCAGGGUAGAGACCAUCCUAAUUACCAGUAGUUCUGAACCUAUUGUUCUACUGAGCCUUUUUUAAAAUGUGUUUAAUAUAAAAGGAGGCUGCUGGCUGCUCUUCAGCCAGACCUGGGACCCUGCAUCAUACAGAUGAAUUGCAUUUAAAAAAGGAAGACAAAAUAAUGCUGAUCCUCUGAAAGAGUGGUGUUGUUUUUUAUAUAUUUUGAUAAAUGAUUAAACUGAUGGGUGUUGGUUUUAAUUUAUUUUUGUCCAAAUGUGUUCUAUUUCUAGCCUGAACUGAAGUCGAUGUCUUAUUGCAACAUGGAAGAGAAUAGUGCUUGUGUAAUGUUACAUUUGCUUGGUGAGAGAAAUAGCAGGUUAUUGAGGAUGGAUGACAUUUUAAAAUGAGAAGCAACAGCUCCCCCCCCCAAUAGUGCACGACUUACUAGUUAUGCAUUUGAUCAAUUUUAUAUGCAUAGUCAAAUAAAGAAGGCACACAGUAUUAGCCACAUACUGUGCCCGUGUUUUAGCUGCAUAAAUAUACUUUGCAUUGUGCUUGAUGCAUAGCAUUAAAUAAAUGCACAAAGAACGGGUUUUAUAUUGCAUAAGUACUGGUUUUGCAGUAAGACUGACUGAUAAAGUGGUGAGCAGAACAGGAAAAUGAUGGGCAUGAAACAGACUUGUAUCUCAACUGAAAACAUGAAUUUGCGGGGGAUAGGAGCAGGAGGGACUGGGUGAACAGAAAGGAAUGUGUUUGUGUUUAAAUAUAGUGAAGCUGUCCUCCAAUUGUGAUGAAACUUAGAACACUAGAACAAACUGGGAGAAUUGGAAUGUGGAGCAGCGCU